AUGGCUUCCACCAUGCAGCUGGAGUUUACGCAGGCGAUGACCGACUUCAAGACUAUGUUUCCCGAUAUGGACGAUGACGUUAUCGAGGCGGUGCUACGGGCGAACCAGGGUGCGGUGGACGCGACGAUUGACCAGCUGCUGGCGAUGAGCACUGACAACCAGAAUGAGAGGCUGCGGCUGGAGAUAGAGCGCGUUGAGAGCAACUCGCCGCGAAAGAAGGAUAAACGCACUCGCGCGGUCGAGAACGGCGAGGAUAACGACACUACGGCGCUUGUAGACGUGGAUGACGAGUCAGUACCGCUAGCCGUUCGUAAGAAAUGGGUCCCGCGUAUGCUCGGCCCCUUGCCGCCGAUGUUCCUAAGAAUACCACCUAAUACGGACGCCAGGAUAGAUCUCAAUCUGGAAAUGGACGACGAUCGUAUCGCGACAUUCCUGCAGAACGAGGAAUUCAUGGCUGAAUUGCGAUGGAACCAGGAGUUUAUUGCCGCCUUGGACAGUGAACAGGGGAACAAAACGAAAUGCCACGACGACGAGGCCGCGUUCAAAGAAAGACUGAAGAAUAUGGGCAAACUUUCUCGGAAGAAAUUCGCUCAGCUAUCAAGGAUGUUUAGCCGAGGCGGACCACGGCGCAGCGGCAGCGGUAGGGCUCCGCCCCGCGGCCCACCCGACAGCCUGCUGCUACAAGAGGAGCACAGCGACGACGACGACAAAUCGCACACACAAAACGUCAAGAUAUAA